AUUCAGCUAUGACAACACAAAGUACAAGUCAGUCUCAGGUGAACUCCUUGACUAAGAUGCAAGCAGGACUUAAUGAAUCAUCUGAACCCAUGGCAACUACACGAGAUGUCAGCUGGCAAACUCAGGGGAGCUCUUUAGAUUAUUUGACACUUGGACGUAAUGUAUCUGUAGCUGGUAAAAAUCUUGCCACACAAGAUGUCAAUCAGGCAAGCAAAGAGAACAUGCCUAAUACCAGUUACGUUGAGUAUGAGAUCCUCUUAUCUGGUGCUUCUGGUACUUCCUUGGAAAGAAAUAUAAUUUUGGUCAAUGCAACUGGAAUUGAACUUUCAUGCAAAUUGGACAGGGAUUCUCUUUUGAAAAAUCCUCAAGUGACUUGGAAAAGGGGAAAUGUAACACUCAGUCAUAUCCGUAAAACUGAGAACACCUGGACCAUUCAAAUGAACAUUACUGACAGCAGUAAGAUGGGGAGUUACUGUUGUAUUCUGAAAGGUGAAAAAGAAGAAAUGAGUGCUGUGUUUCAUUUACAAGUAGUGAAAAUUGAAGGAAAAGCAAAACCCAUAAUCAGUUACAAGGGAGAUACAGUUGUAAUGAGUUGUAAAAGUGUUGACUAUACUCCCAUGUCUUGGACCUGGUAUAUGAUCAAUGGAAGUGAACAGAUUGCCAUUAAUGACUCUUUGAAGGCAGACAAGUAUGUAAUUAGUAGACUGUCUCCCAAUGUAACCCAUCUGAGGAUACACAAGGUCACCAAGGAAGAUGAUGGUCUAUACUGGUGUGAAGCUGCUUUUGAAUUAGGGACAAGUAGAGGAAGGCAGGAGCUUAGAGUUCUGUCCUACCUGGUGCCUCUCAAACCCUUUCUAGCAAUUGUGGCUGAAGUUGUUAUUGUAGUAACUCUUGUUUUCUUUUAUGAGAUACAUUCAAAAAAAAAAAGCUCAGAAAUAGAAGAGUUGGACCAAACUGAGCAACUUAAAUCUGAAGAAAGCAAUGGUCUGGAAAGCAGUAGUGCUAGACAGAGAAGAAUUUAA